CAUAGUUGUAUAUAAAUAUGUACGCAGCAUCUACUUAAGCGUUAUUCAAAGUAAAAUUUGUGCUUGAAAUGGAACUGCCGACUCGUAAGGAAGUUCACGUGCCUCUGCGGAUAUAUAAAGGCACGUGUGUGUUUGACCCGUGCGAAACUGAAGCCAUUCAAUCCAUGUCAGUCUAUGAUGAUGACGUUUGGGUUCUUACUUUCCCGCGAUCAGGUACAACUGUUGUACAAGAGAUUGUGUACUUGCUAAUGACGAAGUUGGACUUCAAAACAGCAAAUUCAUCUCCUCUUGACAAGCGUUUUCCAUUUCUGGAUUUAGUUCUUCCCGACAUGCCGUAUUUUCGCGGAUUGAAAGGCGUCGAAGAACAAAGUCAACCACGUCUGAUAAAAUCCCAUCUACAUUACAAAGUAUUGCCAGAGAGUUUGUACAAGAGUCAAUGUAAGAAAAUCUAUGUGAUGCGGAACCCGAAAGACGUGUUUGUGUCAGGGUACAUGCUGACUCAGUUUUUCAAUCAGUUGGAGUCUGAUGUUACCAUGAAAACCUACCUGGAUGACUGGCUUGAUGGCAAGGUGUACAACACACCUUGGUGGCUACAUGUUCGUGCUUUUUGGGAAAACAGGAACGAGAUCAACAAUAUAUUAUACCUUAAAUACGAGGAUAUCGUAAAGGACAUGACGGGAACUAUAUACCAGAUUGCUGAGCAUCUGAAGGUCGAUGUAACAGCCGAGCAAGUUGACAAAAUAGCAGAGCACUGUAGUUUCAGUAAGAUGAAAGCUAGCAAGACAACGAAUGCUGGCUGGAUGUUAGAUCACUGGAAAGUUGACAAGCAAUUUGUAGGACAUAUACGAAAAGGUAAAGUUGGGGACUGGCGCAAUCAUAUAACUACAGAAAUGAGUGAAAAGAUCGACAAAAUGGUGAAAGAAAAGUUGUCUGACCUUGACCUCGAGUUUGAUUUUGGACAAUGAUGGCAUGUUCAGAAUAGAAAACUAGUAGUUCUAUAAUCAUAGUUGAAAUUUCCAAAUAUUGUCACAUUGACCAAAGUGAAAACAACAUUUUCUAUACCUUUACAAAUAAAUGGGGGAAUUUCCAUUUUAUAAAAAGAACAGUAAACAUUUUAAAGAUGUAUGAAAUUAAGGCACAUCAGGCUACCAACUACAAUUUCAAGUUUUAACUCAGCUCUCAGUUCAAGGUCAUGUUCAAUGGUCUCCAAGAGUUUAAAUUACCAAAAUAAACCAUAUUGCUGAACAUCUUUGCAUACAUCGUAUUUAGCCCCUGGUAAGUCAAGUAGAACAACAAAUACUUUUUUCCAAGUUUUUAUAUGUUUUAUACUAUAGCAUAUUUACAAUAGUUUUACAUAUAAUAUAACAGAGAAAUUGUUAUAGCAUGUGUUUUGAAGGAAACUGAGAUCUAGCAAUUAACAUGAUUGUGAGAAAUGGAAAUAUAUGUAGUCAAAACUAUAACAUAUAUAUUAUAUAUAAGAAAUACAUGUAGA